AUGGAGCAUUCUAAGAAACAACGGAUAUCAUUAAAGAACAAAAAUUUCUAUGUAGCAGAGGAAACAAUAGAUUUAGAAGAGCUUAAUAGACGCCAAUCAGCACUAAACGUAUUAGAAUCAUGGGACAAGCAAGCGAUGCAUGCUAUAUCGUCGAAUACAUCAACAGGACAUAUACGAGAACGAAUGAGAGCAAUCAUAACAGGGAUUAAUCUAAUCAAAAAAGAACUGUAA